AUGGUCCGCCCCUCUGCCUCCCUUGAGAACAAGCGCAUCGCCCUCGCCUUCGCUCACAUGGUGACCUCCCCGGCUCCCGCCUCCGGCCCUGCCCGUCAGGCCGUCUGCCGUACGGGUCGCUACAGCCUCUACGACGCGCUCAGCGCCUGCUGCCCGUCGUCGGUGAUCAACCAAGACCCGUACGUGGGCAAGUACGGGCUGCGGGCGAUCGAGUUCUGCAAGGUGGUAGAGAGCGACGGCUUCGUCAAGGUCCGGCACCAGCGGCCCAGGGCCAAGGGCGAGGCCUCGAGCCCGUCGGGCUUGUCCGACGCGGGGGCAGAGGAGGUGCGGUACGUGUACGCGGGGAGGCGGUGGAGGGACCCGAGGGACAAGGAGGACAUGCGGGCGCUGAGGGAGGCGUGGGAGGAGCUGGCAGGGAGCUCGACCAUCUUUGCGGGGCAGUGUGCGUUGGAGCGGGUGGUGAGGGUGGGUAUGGAGGUGCAGAAGGAGCAGAGCUGGGCAGGGGGAUUCAUGGUGGAGAAGACGAUGGGGAGGCUGUCAGACAUGAAGAGGAAGACGUCAGACUCUCCGGCGAAUGGAUGGAUGAAUGGACAGAAGAUGCGGUUGGGGGAAAGCGUGAUGAAUGCGCUUCGGAAGAAGUUUUGUAUUGAGGAGAUAUUUGAUCUGGGGAUCAAUGAGGAGGACAUCAUCGGUAUCGUAGCGUAA